AUGUUAGCAACAACAGCACCAAACUCGUUAGUCAUGAACCCAACUUCAAUGUUAGUAGAGAUGAAAAGCUUCAUUCCUUCUUCAUAUACUUUCGAAACAGAAAUCCAGAAGAUAAAGCAAGAACUUCUCCAAGGAGAUUUAGAUUGCACUGCAAAAGAUGAAACAAAUGAACAAUAUCUUUAUGAAAUGCAGGAUAUUAUUGACCAUCUACCUAAACUUCCUGAAAUCCAACAACAAAAGCUUACUAUUCCAGAAUUCGAUGAAAUAGAAGUCAAAGCAACUGACUCAGUAGAAAUAAAGAAGUUCAUACGAAAGGUAAACUAUGAGUUUCUAGGAUUUCAUUGCAACCAUAAGGUUAUGGACAAAGAUUGCGACAUGGUAUAUAAGAAUGUUUCUGACCUUUACAAAACCCGGGAGUUUAAGACCUACGACAACUUUGUUUCGUUAGUUGCAAAAUGUGUAUGGCAGAUAAGAGAUAAAGAUAGAAGAGGUAAGGUAUGGAAUGAACAGAUAAAACCAACUGCUUCAGAUUUAAAGAAAACCAUUGACGCCUUGGUUGUUUUAGCAGGUAAGGUUUCAGAAUAUAACGCAAAAAUGAACCCACA